GCGAGAAGGAGAAGAGGCGAGCGAGUGGAGCGGGGAGCGAGGAGCCGGAGCCCGAAAGGGAGCCCUAGCCCAAACCCGAGCCGGAGCGGGAGCCGCCCCCCACAGUGCGAUGCCCCAGAGGGGUUAGGGCGCCGGGCGCCGGAGCCUAGAGCCGAGCGGCGCUGCCCCGGGGGGAGGGGGAGGCGGCGGAACCGGAGCCGGAGCCUGAGCAGGAGCAGGAGCAGGAGGCAGCGGCGGCAGGGCCGGGGCAGCGGCCGAAGCGAGAGCCCCAUGCCCCGGGCGGGCUGAGGGAUCCGAAACCCGGAGCGGAGCCUUGGCCCGGACAGGUCCCACUAGAGCGACAUGAUGGUGGAAUCCGCCUCGGAGACAAUCAGGUCGGCCCCGUCCGGUCAGAACGGAGUCAGCAGUCUCUCCAGCCAGAGCGAUGGUGGCGGUGGUGGCGCUGGAGCCGCAGGAACUGUGACAGGAGCAGGAGGAGGAGGAGGAGGAGGAGGAGGAGCAGGGAGGGAUGGAGGAGCCGGCGGGGAGAGCAACGGCGAGAUGAGCCCUGUGGAGCUCUUGCACUUUCAGCAGCAACAGGCUCUCCAAGUAGCCCGACAGUUCCUGCUACAACAAGCCUCAGGCCUGAGCUCUCCUGGAAACAAUGACAACAAGCAAUCUGCAGUACAGGUGCCGGUGUCUGUGGCCAUGAUGUCACCUCAGAUGAUCACCCCCCAGCAGAUGCAGCAGAUCCUGUCACCUCCUCAGCUCCAGGCCUUGCUGCAGCAGCAACAGGCCAUCAUGCUUCAACAGUUACAGGAAUAUUACAAGAAACAACAAGAACAGCUUCAUUUACAGCUCCUCACCCAGCAGCAAGCUGGGAAACAGCAACCCAAAGAGGCACUUGGGAACAAGCAGCUGGCCUUCCAGCAACAGCUCCUCCAGAUGCAGCAGCUGCAACAGCAGCACCUGCUGAACCUGCAGAGACAGGGUCUGGUCAGUCUGCAGCCCAGCCAGGCAACAGGACCCCUCCAAACUCUCCCACAAGCCGUAUGUCCAUCGGACCUGCCCCAGCUGUGGAAGGGAGAUGGGGCGGCUGCCCAGCCAGCUGAAGACAGCAUGAAGCAGGAAGGGUUGGACCUCACCACAGCAGCAGCCACCGCUACCUCGUUUGCUCCCCCUAAGGUCUCACCCCCCCUCUCCCACCACACCCUCCCCAAUGGGCAACCCACUGUGCUCACACCUCGACGAGACAGCUCCUCACAUGAGGACACCCCUGGCUCCCAUCCCCUUUACGGUCAUGGUGAGUGCAAGUGGCCAGGCUGUGAGACCCUUUGUGAAGACCUGGGGCAGUUUGUCAAACACCUCAAUACAGAACAUGCACUUGACGACAGAAGCACAGCCCAGUGCCGGGUCCAGAUGCAGGUUGUCCAGCAGCUGGAGAUACAGCUAGCCAAGGAGAGUGAGCGACUUCAGGCGAUGAUGGCCCAUUUGCACAUGAGGCCUUCAGAACCCAAGCCCUUUAGCCAGCCGCUGAACCUGGUGUCAGGCUCCUCACUCUCCAAGGUGACUGUCUCAGCAGCUGAUUCAUUCCCGGAUGGCCUCGCCCACCCCCCCACCUCAGCUGCCGCCCCUGUUACUCCCUUACGCCCCCCUGGCCUCAGCUCUGCUACUCUGCACAGUGGGGGCCCUGCCCGCAGGAGGAGUAGUGACAAGUUCUGCACCCCCAUCUCCUCUGAACUGGCCCAGAAUCAUGAGUUCUACAAAAAUGCAGACGUCCGACCUCCCUUUACCUAUGCGUCCCUCAUCCGACAGGCCAUCCUGGAGACCCCUGACAGGCAGCUUACUCUGAAUGAAAUCUACAAUUGGUUCACCAGGAUGUUCGCCUAUUUCCGGAGGAAUACAGCCACCUGGAAGAAUGCUGUCCGACACAACCUGAGCCUACACAAGUGCUUUGUACGAGUAGAGAACGUGAAGGGUGCCGUGUGGACGGUGGAUGAGCACGAGUACCAAAAGCGGAGACCGCCAAAGAUGACAGGGAGUCCAACUCUGGUGAAGAACAUGAUCUCGGGCCUCAGUUAUGGAGCACUUAAUGCCAGCUAUCAGGCUGCCCUUGCCGAGAGCAGCUUCCCCCUCCUCAACAGCCCAGGCAUGCUGAACCCGGGCUCCACCAGCAGCCUCUUGCACCUCGGACAUGAGGAUGUGAGCAGUACUGUAGAGCCCCUCACCAGCAAUGGCAGCAUCAGUCCCCCACGCCUCUCCCCACCCCAAUACAGUCACCAGGUGCAGGUGAAAGAAGAGCCAGCUGAAGCGGAGGAGGACAGUCGGCCUGGGCCCAACCUUGGCCCCACCAACCCCAGCACCGGGGCUCCCCCAGAAGACAGGGACCCUGAAGAGGAUCUGCCUGGGGAGGAACUGUCGUAAGGGCCUCUGGGGGAGGGGCAGGAAGGGAAGGAAGGGGGUGAACACUCCCCCCUUCCCCUGCUCAGGAGACUCCUCCUCAGGCUCUCACCUUCCCCUCCACUCUGCACCCCCUUCUACCCCCACCUCAAGGCACUUCCAGAACAGCAGAUUGGGGUGAGGGCUUCUAUGCCAUCCCACCUGUGACUGACAGACUUUCCCUGGCAGAGAUGGCCCCCUUCCCCCUCCAUUGAUCUUUGCUUUUCACCCUAAGACCGGUGGUCUAGAACUGGUGGAAGAGCCAGGAGAGCAUGGACCCCCAGUACCUGACUUCAGUCUGUGUCCAAGCACCUCCCUCUCUCUCCCCACCCCUUGACUUCUACCCUCCAGUCCAUCCUCUCACCAUGACCACCACCAGCAGGACUCUCCCCGCCACCUUUGCUUUCUGCCCCCUUCAACACUGAGACCCGCAGGCGGGGCUACAAACCCCCAUUCCCAUCAAGGAAGCAUUUGUCCCCUCCUUCCCCCACCCCAACCUUGACCUUGCACCCUCUUCUCCAACAAGUCCAAGACAAGGCGACAUUGUCAAAGGAUUUAGAGCUGGAAGGGGCCAGAGAGAUGAUUUAGUUUCACCCCCUCAUUUGGCAGAUGAGGAAACUGAGGCCUAAGAAAAGGGAAGUGACUUGCUUAAAGCCACACAGUGAGCAGCAAAGUCAGGUCUUCUGAUUCCAAGUCCGGUCCACUUUCUCCUCCCCGGUACUAUACAAGGCAUCCUUCUUCCAUACUGUGAAUGAUCAACACCGGCACCAGCCUCAUGGGGAAAGGGGAGCCUAGAGCAUCUCAGACUCUAGCCCACCCCCCAAGACAAACCAGUUCUCCCUUCCCUGUGUAUCCAGCAGCCUCGGGGCUGCACACGGGUGAGACCUGCUGGGGCUGUGGACCGAAAGCAGCUUCAAGAAGGGGACUGUUGAUGGAAAUCCCCCGCGUGAGGAUCAGGCCUCCCCAAGGGAGGCGGGAUGUCGCCUCGCUCACAGCUUCCCACGUCUUUGCUAUAAUUGUUGAGCUCUGACUCUUGCCAUCUCAAGUCAAACAGGGGCCGAGGGCCCCAUCUCCACUGCAUCCCCCAUGUACCCUGCCUUCUUAUGAAGAGUGGGCAGUAUCGAGGAUCUAGAAGGAGAGAUAUGGGGACGAGGGGGGGGUUGGGAAUAGGGAAGAGGGAAAAUGUCCCUAAGACUUUGGUAUUCACCCAUGGACCUGAAGGUUGGUUCCACACUUGCGGAGGGGGAAAAUCCUAUGGCGUCCACCAGGUGUCCCCAUGGAGCUCGCUGCUGCAGCUGGCUGCCUGGGGGAGGAAGUGUGCCCCUCAGCCUCCAGUGGUAUUAGAAGAGGCUUGUGUAUGUGGGGCGGGGUCUGGGGAGGGCGGGGGAGCAGGCCAGUUGCCAAGGCCAGAGGAAUGGGUUACCUCUUCCAAAGCUCUCCCUCCUAAUCCUUCCCCCACCCCCUGCCCCCCUCCAUUUCACAGCCCCACUCAAUUCCCUCUCCUCUUCUUUCCCCAUUUAAACAGAUGACCAAAGACCUUUCUUAUGCCAGAAGCAGAAACCAAAACUUUUUGUUUGCUUUUUUUCCUUUGUCACCUCUUGCCCUCCAUUCCUGAUCUGACCUUCCACCUUCGCCCCCAUGGCUCCCUCACCCCCCAACCUAGAAGCUGGAGGGAGGGGGGUCCCCUCCACUUAAGUUAUUGUUUUAAACCAAAGUUGACAGUGUCUGUUGGUGGCCAUGGCUUUCUUCCACACCCCGGUCUUCAGCUGCCCACAGAAGGGGCCUGGGGACAGGCUUCCCUGCAUACCUCCCUUCUACUCUCGUUGCCUCCUCAUCACUCUGUCCCUCGGCUGUCCUUCCCCUUCCUCUCUCAGUGGGUGCUUGGGAUCUGAGGGGAAGGGAGAGCUCAAAUGGGAUGAGCUCCCUUCGGCCCCCUGGGGUAACAGUGGCUGUCUCCAAGGGCCUCUACAGGGAAGGGCCAGUUACAGGUUGCUGUUCCUGCUCCCCCUCCCCCCCAGUCCUCCUCUACCUCCAGUCAGUAUUGUGUCCCAGUCAUGGGCCAUUCCUCUCGAUCACCCUCCAGUGCCCACCCCAGGCUGGUCCCUGGUGUGCCCAUCAUCAUACUUCUAUCACUACUAGGGCUGGAGACACAAAGGUAGAGGACUGUAUUCUGAGGGUUACUGGGGAGAGAGCUGAAGCAGGUAAAGGGGCAACCAGAUGUCAUUCCUUCCCCCUACUAUGGGGGAUUCCAACUUCAGGUGAAGGCAAGGCUGCUAUGUCUGACACCCACCCUGCCCCUAGACUAGUCCCUCUGAUAGGGACAGGACCAGGAAGGGGAUGGAGGGGGACUUGAUGGACUAUUGCCUAGAAAAGAUCCAGUUACCACACACAGACUGUGAUCCUCACAAGUCCUCAGUAGGACUUGGGUGGCAAAAGAUCCCUGGUGCCUGUUAGCCAUGACCCUCAUCCCAGUUUGUUCCUUGCCCUCUGACUUGUGCAGAAAUAUUAAAUGCCCUCUGCUCUUAGGCCCUCAGUGUGUGUCACCUAGUGGGGGGAGGGGAUGUAUGAUGGGGUUAAGUCAGAAGGACCUGAGCAUGGAACACAAAGCAUGGGAGUGGGCAUUUUCAUAGGAGUGGAUGAGUAUGUAUGUAUUUCUGUGUAUGUAUGUAUGUGAGUCCAUAUGACCACACUCAGCCAUGUAUGAAUGAGCAGGGAUGUUGAUGUGCACCCAUGGGUUCCUAAAACCAAUAUAUGUAUGUCUGAUUCAAAGCAUCAUUCACAAAGAAACAAAAGGACCUAUUGGUUUGGGAAGGUAGGCUUCAUUCAUUGGACUGCCAAUCUGGUUCCCCACUUUAGCUUCUUUUUCUUUUCCCUUCCUACCAAGCUAGGUCUGGGGACAGCUUCCCCAUAAAGUGGCCUAUUAAGUGGGAGAAGCUGGAGUGUUGUAUAAUAACAGUAUUUCUAAUAGCCUUAGGUUCUGCUCAGGCUACCAUUCUCCUCUGCCAGCCCCAGCUCUCCCUCUCUGGAUGUGGCCUAGCUCCUCACUGCCACUUCUAUGUGCUGUUCUCUCAGCUUCUUACUACACUUCUGGGUCUUCCCUCACCCCCAAGAAGAGCUGAGGACACACACACACACACACACACACACACACACACACACACACACACACAGAGCACAGCCCUCAUGCCCUACCUUCCCAGAUAGAUGAGGUACAGCCCCUUGCUGCCUUCCAUCCCAGCUCCAGGUUCCUAUUCCUUCCCCAUAUCUCUCCCUAAACCGUUCAUUUUUUUUAUAUUUCAAAGUUUCUUUCCCAAAAGCUUUCUCUCUAACUCUUCCUCCUUCUCUUUCUUGUUUCUUUCCUAAGUCAAACCCUCCACCCCUAUACCACACCACCCAAUGUUUUUAUGAAGGUUUGGAACCCAAGUUUUUUGUUGUUUUUCCCAGGCUGAUGUGCCUGGGAGUGGGACAGGGAGGGGGAGGGUAAGCAAUUUCCAGGAUCUGUGUACUUCUUGGACUAGCCCUUACAGUCACCCUGACCAUCAGAUCAAAGAUUCCUUCCUUCCUUCGUUGAUGGAAACCAGAUCUCUUACAAGGGAAAGUAAUUCUGAAGACUUGAGUCUGAAACAUUGGGCCAGCAAGCCCACAUCCUUAUGGUGGUGUAUGUGUAUGUGUGUGUGCAUGCACAACGUGUUAAUGUAUGUAUGUAUAUACGCCACUGUAAGGUUAUGUAUAUGGGCACAUGCUUACAGACUUGAAUGUGUGUGUGAGUGUGAUUGUGUGAGUUUGUCUCAUGCAAAGCGACUAUACUGGCUGGUCUAGCUGGUAGCCAGGAUGGGAUGUAGAGUCAAUGGAUGCCUAGGUGAGUGCUGCUGGCCUCCCAACAAAGAAGGGACAGGGGGACAGGAGGGACCCUAAACAUGCUUAAACCAAAGUCCUUCCCUGACCAGUUUUGCACUCUCUCCAACUCUGACUUCCCAACUCCACCCAUCCCUUACAAAUCAUGAGUUCUCUGCUUCUAUUCCUCUCCCUACCAUCACCUCCAAGAUGGGGACCUGAUAGAUGGAAGGAAGCCUGCCUGUUUACUUCUCAUACCAUUUGUCCUCUAUAUACCUUCCUCUGAGAUGUAAUCACAGGACCCCAAGUCUCAACUUUCAAACUUCCUUUUCACCACCCACAACCACCAUCAGAGUCUUCCAGAUACCCCAACACUUUUGGGGCCAGGGAGCUCCUAGACCAGGGUCCUUCAGGCAUAGGGCUGAGGGAGGAUGGGCCUGAGAGGGAGGGUUGGCCUUCACUGGGGGGAAGUACAAUACUGGGACCCAGCCCCCUUACCAUAGCCAAUCUCAAAUGUUUAACACUACAGACUAAAGAAGAGUGGGGAAGAGGAGUGGGCCCUGAGGAUUCCAACUCCUUAAUGUGUCAUCUCUCUUCUGUGGCCUCAUUCCUUCUCUAUUUCUGGCCUGAUUUCUGUCUUGUCUCCUUCCUUGCCCCUCCCCCCACUCCCUUUUUCUCUGCCUUUCUCUGUCUCUAUUAUUUGUAUGUCUACCAUCCCCCCCUCCCCACCCCUUCUGUCUGCUUAGUGUGUGUGUAUAUGUAUGUGUGUCUCACUUGAUCUUUCUUAGCCCCUAUAUGUGUCGUUCUGUAUCUCUCCCACUCUUUUCCUUCAUCCUGCUGGACACAUGCUCAGAGCUGGGGUCCCCCUCUCUUCCUCUCCUCUAGUGGGGGCUACAGAGUGAAAGGGGUCAGGUGGGACAGAUAGGGGAUUUCAUGCUUUCCCCUUGGCCCAGGCCCAGUCCCAUCCUGUGCUGUAUAAAGGAAUAGCAUUGCUGUGUAUUCGUACUCCGCCUACCCUCCCUCCGUUCUGUGGUGGCAGACAGGUGGACCCUGUACAGUAGAACUAGCUGCAUGUAAUCUGUAUGGACAACAGCAUUAUAUAUAAUGCAAUAAAGUGAAUUACCUACAA